CACACACUCUCAUUACAGAGAGUACAACAACUGGUGACGGAAGCCAGAGCCAAGACCAACUCAAAACUAGUACAGGGCAAGAAAACAAAGUAGUUUAGGUCGGCCUGUUCGACGCAGAAAAGGCUCGUCGACUUGUUGAACCUUUGGUGGAAGUGCCAAUACAACCGUGCGUAAUUACGCAAAAAUGAUGAGUGCCACAAGCGCCAUGGAAGUGAACGCCGAAGCCAGGCGGAUUCUGGCCGUGUCAAUAAGCAAGCUGUACGCGUCAAGGACCCAGAGAGGCGGACUGAGACUCCACCGGAGCCUGCUGCUCUCCCUGGUCAUGAGAUCCGCCCGGGACAUCUACCACUCCUCCUCGCGGGAGAGCGAGGGUCAGAGCGGCGCGCAGCCCGCCGCCGAGGAACCGAUGGACACUAGCUCCAGCCCCGGGAACCACGCCGGGGUGUCCCAGGCUGAGCCUCAGCCAGAGCUGAUCUCACCGGAGCCGGCCGCGGAGGAGCCGCGAAGCCCGGAGGAACCGUGUGAGAGUGAAACUAUAGAGGACAAAGAGAACUUGAGCCCGGCCAGACAGUCCAGGAAACGCCGGGGCAAGGCGUCGGUGGCGCCUGACUUCCUUCCCAGCAAGAGGGCGAGGCUGGAGCCCGGGGAGGAGAGGCAUGCGGCCCCGCUUGGGAGCUGCCGCGUCAGGGCAGGGGAGUCCCUCGCCGUGUUGUCUCUAAACCGAGUUAUACCCGCAUUUUGACCCGUUUAGGAGAAAAACAACCUCCAAUGGGACUUUGGAGUGGUGUGGAUUUCAACCGCCCGCUAACCGGAGGGCGAUUCUGGUGCCUGUGCGCACCGCGGAGUUGACCUACAUCGGCGGUCCCGGGACAGAGGGAUUACCGGGAGCGAGGUGCGACCUCUCAGCCGAUCCGAGUGUGCCUGCCAAGCUGGCGAAGCGCCUAAUAGCGAACACUCAGAGGAGAAGAACCAGCGCCGUGCCAGGCCAUGCCGGGGCAGGCCAAGGGAAGCUGGCAGCUGACCAGACAGGAACUUUUGCUGGAAAGUUUGAGGAAGAACCUGAAGGGAAACUGGGAGUGUUUUUUUUCUUCUGCUGGUGAUUCACCCUUCAGUUGCUGUUUUAAAGAAAUGACUACUGCUGACUCAAAGUGACUGUGUGGCGUGAGUCAGAUGAGUGAAGUGGUGGUGGUUUAGCCACAGAGCACCACACGCACGCACACACACACACACACACACACACACACACUGCAAACACACAUACAGAACACAUACAUGAACUUCAGGGGAAUUUCCUGCUAUUCUACUGUGAGAUCAGAAUCAACAGAGAAAGAGGAAGGACAAUUGAGUCACUCUCUACCACAAACACACACUCACACACUCUCACACACACACACAUACACACGUGAACUGCUGCUGGACCAUAGUGGACUUUGAUCAAUCAAUACUACUGCUGUACAGGACUGUCUUUACAACCGGCCUAAAUAAUGUGCUCGUAUCAAUGGUGCUCCACAAAAAAAGUAAGAAAGAAAGAAAAAAGAGAGCAAACAUCAGGCGAGAAAGGCCAACUUGAUUAAAGUCUAGUGUGUUUUAUGUCACUGUUUUAUAUGUUUGUAAAUGUUCUUGUACAUGUAUGUGUUGUGACAGCAACCGUAAUGUUACCUCAUAUUCCAAGCUGCUCUUUUGUACAUUUGUGUGAUCUGAAUUACAGUGUAAAUAAUUUGUAAUAAACACACUAAAAGUG